AUGAAACGCAAUACAAAAAGUGAGAUAUCUAUUCACUUUUGCAGCUAUGGAGCAAAAAUCCGUGCCCCACAUGCCCUGGUGAUGACUUUCCUGUUCAAGAGUGGAAGUUUAAGAGAGAAAUUGAAAUCGAUUGCUCAGGCUACGUACACUCAUUCCCGGAACUUGGCAUAUUUUGUGUUCACCUACAAGGGGCUGAUGGCGUUGCAGUCCCGACUACAGGGGAAAAAAAUUCCAUUUCAUUCUUUCUUUGCAGCCUGCAUUGGAGGUUGGCUAGUGUUCGGUGAGAACAACCCCAUCAACAGCCAGAUCAUUAUGUACCUGCUGUCUCGUAUCCUGUUCGGCUUGUCUCGGCUGGCAGUGGAAAAGGGCUACGUCCCACAGCCAAAGCAGGAUCCCUUUCCACUGGUCGCUGCUCUGAUAUGGGGAACGGUUCUCUGGCUCUUUGAAUACCACCGGCAAACUCUGCAGCCUUCUCUGCAGUCCUCCAUGACCUACCUGUAUGAUGAUAGUAAUGUAUGGCAUGACAUUUCUGAUUUUCUCAUUUAUAACAAAAGGACAGACAGCAAGUAGGUGGUUUACCGUAAAACACUUUUGAAUGGGAUGAUGCCUUCCAGCAGCUAAGGGAAAAGGUUGUUCCUUUGUUCUUGACUGGUGGUUUGUUGUUUGUUUUUUUUUUUUUUUUUAAAUUAACAUCUGUCAAGCACAGUUGCUUCUUGUGUCCUGGCCAAAAUGUUCUGAUUAGUCUUCUCUUGGCUCUGUUUAGAGCAAGUAAAUACCCCACAGAAAUUUGUUGCAGUCCUCGGUGAGAGUAAAAUGCCUUGGGAAUCUUGAGUUAAAAUAAGUCUCUUUAAAAAAAAGGCCUUAUUUGCCCUACAAGUAUGUGCUUUUAUUUUUUAAAGAAACUAAAUAUACCUAUAAAAUGUCACCCUGACAGUAAGUGGGGAGUAUGUCUAAUUGUGGAAAAAAUGUUCUAGGGAUUGUCUGAAUGCUCACAAGACAGAAGCAUUUUUCUGUGCUACUUGUGCUUGCUGUAGCAUGGUGGGAGUGGGGGACCUGCUCGGGUCUGAAAGCGGGGGCAUAAUUCCUUGAUUUCUGUGGAUGACUGGAAAUCUUGUUUAAACUAUUACAAGGACAGGUGUGCGCUCCUUAAAAGAGUUUCUCUGCAGUUUUCCCUCAGGGAGACAGUAAGGUGUUUGAGAAUAAAACUGUUAAGAUGUCUAGUACAAGCCUGUUAAAAGUGGGCUCAGAAGGACUGGUUUUGCUCGGUUUCUUUCAUGCACUUGAGCUGCAUCUGUCCCUCUGCAGAGUGCGCUGAUUAAUACCCUGUCAUUAUUUUCAACUUAUUUGUAAAGUUUUUAAAAGCUGCUUGAACUAAAUACCAAAAACAGUUACGCAACUUAGACUGCUUUGGAAACAGGCUGAGGCACAUCGCACGCCCUCAGAUAUCACACUGGGUACUUUAUACGUAGAAGCAGGCAACACUUUUAACAAGCACUUUUAUUUUGGUGGAAGAUAAGCACAUGGGUUUCUCUUGGGUCCGGAAUCUACCCUCCACAGCAGUGGCAUGUGUUUUGGCUGUAAUCAGACUUGACUAUAUGUGUAGGCUUGUUGCUGAGCCAGGUUGAGGCCACGGGGUGAAUAGAUGAGGGAAUCUUCCUCUUAAAAAUACACUGCUGAGCCCCAGGAAUAGUGCCGCACACACUGGGCUUUGACAGAAGAUUGACUAGGUAGCUGAGAAAGAACAAAAAACACUUUAAUAAAAUCAAACUGUUAAUAGUACAAACUACUUACCCUGCCGUAUAACACUAUACCAUUCACUUAAUGAUGUACUUUAAAAUAUUUCCUGACACACUGGUUUUAUGUGGUGAUAUCGCAAGAGAGUCAUUAAGCACCCUCUGCUAACCAUUCCCUUUUGUCUCAGUCAGGACUCUUCUAUUUGCACCUUUUAAACCUCUCGUUUAAAAAAAAGGUUAGUUUUCUGUGUACCCAUCCACUUUUCCAUCCUGACCUGACCUUGUUAUUUCAUAAUCCCACCGAUGCUGUUCUUCAUAGUCUUUUGCCGUCUCUUUACUCUCUGGGCUCUAGCAGUUUGUCGUAUUUAGUGGUCUGACCAAAACAGUACCUUGAAGUUCAUGUUGCUUCUGAGCAGAAAACAAUUCUUGAUUUCUUCUUAAGUCAUUUUUCCUUGUCCUCCUAAGCUCUUUUAUUACUGUUAUGCAUCUUAUGAGUGCUGCUUUGCUCUUUAUUUUUUCCACUCUCUGUGUCAGCAAGCGGGAGAGUUAGAUGUUCCCUGCCCCCCCUCCCCCCUCCCAGCUUGUCUGACACUGUGGAGUUUGGGGUUGAAUCGCAUCCUGAGUGUCUCAAGGUUAAGUAGGAAUAGAGUCUUCUGGCUCUUGAGCUGAAUGCAGUGCUGAAUCUAACUACGUUCAUGGUGAGAUCUUGCAGUGUAGAGGCAGAAGCUUCUUUGUGCUCAUCCUAUGCAAAUCUGUGACGUAGUCAUCUUUGGUGCCCAGAAGCCAAGAUGCUGCUUUGCCAUAAUAACUGCCCACAGUACUUUCAACUUUUAGCAUCACCUGCUAUUACGGUCUGCACCGGAUACUUGAGUUUGAAGAGCAAUUGGUAUUUAAUGGGACAGACCCCAGGAAAGCAACAGAAGCUAGGAAUUGGUUUUAUUUCUUUGUAGUUAGAUAUUUUGUUUGGUGUAGAUGAGCUUAAAGAUUCGAGUACAGAAAAAAAUACCAAAGCUGCAGGUGAGGUCUGAUUUCUUCAUAAACAUCGUGUCUUUAUUUGCUCCAGUGCUGGAUAUCUGAAGCAGCACGAGUGCAGCACUCUAUUUUUGUCAGAAACCUCAAUAUAUUGUUCAAAUAAGAAUGUUAAUUUUCUAAUACUGCUGAAUUCCUACAAGCUUUGAUGGGAUUUCAGAAACCCCUUCCAGAAUCUGACAGCCAUGGCUUGAGAAUUUCUCCCUGGAACUAUUAGACUUGCAAAUCCUUGACCGUGUAUAAUUAUUGUAGCAAAAGAUGGUGCAGGCUGAUUAUGUGAACUGGGUGUCUGUAAGAAGUUUUUAACCUUUUUAAUUUAUAACUAGCAUUCCUUUCUCUGAGAAAGGCUUGCGGCUUCCUUAAAGGCAAAAUAAUUUUCUUCUGCUAGUAGUUCUGCUGCUGCAACCGUAUGGCUGCUUGUGAAGGGCUUCCCUGGCCAUAUGAAGGACAAGUGACCUGUCCUGUCCUUAAGCUACUGUAAUGUCUCUGUCCUCUCUAGAUGGCAAAAACGAGCCAAUAGCAAGUUUCCAGUAUCAGCCUGGCAGCAGUGUCCGCCAGCCGUCCGUGGUUCAGAACACCCUUUUUCUCUUGGGAAUCUAUCACCAACCUCACUUGCAAAGCAAAUAGCGCCCGAGCCUCAAGCCAUCUGCACUCCUGAUCCAGGAACCAGCUGCCGUCCUGGAAGACAAACUGCAGCUCGUCCCAGGAGCGAGUCCCGUGGAGCAGCAGCCUUUAGCCGGGCGUUUGCGGACGGUUGGUUUUCCCGCUGCGCUGGGGCAGGACGUUAAGCUGCAAGUCAUUUUAACCCCCCCCACCCCCCCCCCAGGGAAGUAAUUGGAACAGUUAUUUAACGGCAUUAGUCCACAUUGCUGUUUCUGUGACCAGAUAGCUGGGGAUGAACCCCUUAUGCUAUCGAGGUGUUGGAACAAUGCAGGCGUGUAGUAAGGAAGUGAACUAGAAGUAAUUUGUCUGAGUCAGACUUUUCGGAUACAUAAGUUACACUCCCUGCCCUCCCCCCGUGCAUUGUGUGGGGAAUUGAGUCCACUGUUUGUGUUCCUUUUUUAUUAGCAUUAAAACCAAGAGAAAUAAAAGAGACAGUUGGGAAGCCACCUGCGAAUCAGUCAAAUGCUUAAGAAUCACAAAGAAGUGCCAUUCUCUCCCCCCAGCCCUGAUUGGUUUUGAAUUUUAAGACGAACAUGGCUUUGUUUGUGUACAUCAACUUUAUUUUACCUUGUUAUUUCUUCCUCAGCACCUGACUGUGAGAUGCUGAGCACCUCUGAAGAAGAGGAGGGUGUCUCAAUGCUUAGCUCAGUUUGUCAAAAAUUAGGUUUUCUGGAUAAAAUUGAAGUGUACAUUUUAAAAUGAUGCUUCUCCUUCAGAUAUUAAGCCUCUCUCAGAGGCAAUUUUAAAGGUUAAUGAAUCAAACCGAUCAAAAGUUUUCAGCAAGCCUUGAAGAGCAGACUGACUGCACUGAGCUAUUAAUCAUUUAUUUUAUGAAGGAACAAAGCAAGCUCAGGGUUAUUUACUGACGCUGCAUGCUGCCCUGGCAUACCCACUGUGCUUCACUUCUCUUUGGAGGACAGCUUGUAUGCUAGUGCUGGCUGCCAGGAUUGCUGAAGAACCAUUUCCGGGACAAUUGCAUUAUUUAACAAAGGUGAAAAUUAAAUGGGUGCAUGACAUUUGGUUUAGAUGAGGUUUUCUGUACCAUGCUUGAUCCUUUCAGUUAAGGGCAGGAUAUUUCUGAAAGAAAAACUCGUGCUUGGCCACUUAGUGCCACAGAGAAGUGCUUAUGGAGGUUGCGGCCGCUGUAAGGUGCAAACCCGUGUUGGCAGCGUGACAGCGUGCUUUGUCCCGGGCACCCUCCAUGUAUCGGGGCAAUAACCACCCCUGCUCUGGUCAGCUGGGUCAGGAGGGAGAGGCUGGAGAAGAGCUUUGACACUGGUGCCUCAAGGCUUUCUUGUCCUGGUAGAGCAAUUCAAGCUCUGUUUUAAACAGAGCUGCGUGGAGGGUAGAAGUGGAGGGCUGAUCUCUGGCUGCGGAAGUAGACCAAACCCAGGUGUGUGUGGGAACUUUCUGUGCACGCAGAGGGUCCCUUGUGCAUGUGAAGCUCUGCAGCCAGCAGGGAGCUGUUGUGGAUGGCUGAUGCUAGUGGAGUUGCAUGGCAGAAAAGGAGCUGGGGUGUUGGUCAACAGCUGUCUGAAUGUGAGCCAGCAGUGUGCCCGAGUGGCCAAG